AUGGCCAUGUCCUCUCACAAGUUUGCCACAAUCUUGGGAGCUGUGAUUCUCGGCUUCGGAAUCUGGAUCCUGGCUGACAGAAGCAGCUUCAUCUCUGUUCUUCAGACCUCGAACAACCUGAAGAUUGGGGCAUAUGUCUUCAUCGGGGUCGGGGCCGUGACCAUGAUCAUGGGUUUCUUGGGUUGCAUUGGUGCCGUCAAUGAGAUUCGAUGCCUCUUAGGGCUGUACUUUACUGCCCUCCUUCUGAUCCUCGUGGCCCAGGUGACAGCUGGAGUUCUUGUCUACUUCCACAAAGACAAGGUCAAGGAAGAGAUGAGCACCAUUGUGAACAAUCUGAUUUUGAACUACGAUCCUGACAACUAUCAACAGGCAGCUGUUCAAGAGACCUGGGAUUAUGUACAGUCACAGGUGAAAUGCUGUGGCUGGACUAGCUAUCUUAACUGGACAGAGAAUAUCAACCUCAUGAAUAGGACAGUCACCACCUACCCUUGUUCCUGUAACAAUGAGUCAUUCUCUGUAAUGGAGGAGGGGAAUGUGAUCAAGAAUGGCUUCUGCGAGAUCUUCAACAAUACCCAGAGCAAUAAUGACCCCAAGGACUGGCCUGUUUACACUGAGGGCUGCAUGGAGAAAGUUCAGAUGUGGCUACAGGAUAAUCUUGGCAUCAUUCUUGGAGUCUGCAUUGGUGUUGCUGUCAUUGAGCUCCUGGGGAUGAUGCUGUCCAUCUGUCUGUGCCGACACAUCCAUUCAGAAGACUACAGCAAGGUCCCCAAGUACUGAGGUGGCUUCGAUUGCCUCCUGCCAUGGAGAGCUCUGGACUCUAGCUUUCUUUGGAGCCUCCAUGGCUCCCAGCAAAUUAUAUUCCACCCCUUCCCGAGUUUGUGGCUUUCCCACUCUCCCUAUUGACACUUCCCUCAAAUCUGGGAAGCUCCAGACCCUGGGCUCCUCCUGAUGGGCCUCGUUUGAAGAAACUUCCCUUCCUCCCCCCGGCCUGAUCCCUUCCUGCCUCGGCCCCUCCUCAGAACUCUUAGAUGACCACUUGGAAAGGUUGUGUCUUCCUACUCUGGUUGGCGGUGGAGAGACUUCUUGCAUCUUUUAUCUGUCUAUCUCCUUUUGACCCUCAGCUCCUUCUGCCCUGACUUCCGUCAAGGUUUUUUUUAUUGAUAAAAAGCAUUUAAUUCCUUCACACUCCUAACCAGCCACAGUUUGGCAUGUGUUAUUCAGAAGAAUGGGCCACCCCUUCUCCUUUCCACAGGCUAGAGUGGAGUCCCAUUGCCUUCCUCCCUGGGGGGACCGUGAAAUAGGGCUUGUGACUAGGGGCUGCCAAAGGGCCAUCUCCAGAUAUCUCAGGUGUGUCUCUUCAAUGGAUGGACUGCUUUUUUUUCCAAUAAGUUCCUGUCCUGUCAUUUAAGUCCCCCCCCACCCACCCAACCUCAGUGCCUAGACGUCCCCUUGAUACCACCUGAGUACCACUGUUGUGCUAACUCAGCUGGAAGAUGUGCCGUUGGCCAAGGCCUGGCACAAACCCAAUGGGAAUCAGGUCUGCGUGACCAGGGCUAGGCCUUGGCAGCCAAAAAAGAAAAAAAAAAAGGCUUGCCCAUCUGGUGCGGCUGAAUAAAGGUCUCACCAACCUAGCACUCCCAGUCUAAGAACAGAAGGGAGGGGGUCCUGGCUUCCCAGAGAAAUCUGCCUUCCUUAUAUGAGCUCCAAAUACUCAGGAGACACCUGAGAAGACAGUAGUGCCUGGCUAUGAGUGUGUAUCUGUGUGAAUACGUGUAUGGGGAGAGGGAUGAUGGGAGGGGAGGGGUGGCCCUUGGGUCCCCAAAAGGUGGAAUGGCAACUAAAUUAGCCUGAAAUUUUUGUAACUAGUAGCUUCCUGGAGAAGCAGGAAAUACAUUGGCCUCCUUCUCUAAGAAGCUAGGUCCCUUUUUCAGGCAGCAACUUCCCUCCCCCUGAGAGGAGCCCCAAGGCCAUGGUGUGGAGGUGGGGCGGGGGAAGUUCUGCAUGUACAGACCUGCAAAACUCAGAUCUAAAUAAGAGAUGGAGAGCUUAGAAAUAAAGUGGAUUUGUAACAAAUCGGA